AUGAAUUCUGUUUCAGCUCACGAUCUAAGAUUUCUAGAGGUAGAGAAAGAGAAGCAAGAUCCUAAAUCACCGAGAGGAACAAUCGAAGCCUGUUUAAACCGAUCCUCGAUCUCUUCCUCCUCAUCUCUCUCUGAUGAUCCUCCUCAAAACAAAGAAGCAGUCGAAAACGCAGACGCAGAAGUACGAUGCAAGAAUCACAGAGCAUCUUCGAAUUGGGGAAAGUUCUUCAAGUCAUGGAAACGCAGAUCAGUGAAACGCCUCUCUUCUUUCCCUCCAUUAGGCGGUGUUUCAGCGAUCUCCAAACGCAACAAAAACGCAGAUCCUGCACAUAUUGAUGGUCUGAUCAUUCACGAUAUCUACGAUUUCCAAUCAUCUCUUCACAACUUCUCAAUCGCUGACCUCGAAAUCGCAACCGACAGUUUUAACCCCGAGAACAUAAUCGGAAGAGGCGGUUACGCGGAGGUGUACCAAGGAAUAUUACCGGAAGGAAAGCUUAUAGCUGUGAAACGCCUCACCAAAGGCACACCGGACGAGCAAACAACAGAGUUUUUGUCGGAACUCGGGAUUAUAGCUCAUGUUGAUCACCCAAAUACCGCUAAAUUCAUCGGUUGUUGCAUUGAAGGUGGAAUGCAUCUCGUUUUCCGGCUAUCUCCUCUUGGAAGCCUAGCCUCUCUCCUCCAUGGACCGUCGAAAGAUAAGUUAACUUGGAGCAGACGUUACAAGGUGGCAUUAGGAACAGCAGAUGGACUAGUGUAUCUUCAUGAGGGUUGUCAAAGACGAAUCAUUCAUCGAGACAUCAAAGCCGAUAACAUUCUACUCACCGAAGAUUUUCAACCGCAGAUUUGCGAUUUCGGGCUAGCCAAAUGGCUUCCCAAGCAAUUGACGCACCAUAACGUAUCAAAAUUCGAGGGGACAUUCGGGUACUUUGCGCCGGAGUAUUUCAUGCACGGAGUUGUCGAUGAAAAGACCGAUGUUUUCGCCUUCGGGGUUCUCCUCUUGGAGCUUAUAACCGGCCAUCGUGCACUUGACGAGUCUCAACAGAGCCUUGUCUUAUGGGCCAAGCCGUUGCUAGACAAGAAAGAGAUCAAGCAAUUGGUGGAUCCUUCACUUGGAGAUGAGUAUAACCGGGAAGAGCUUAUCCGGUUCACUUCAACGGCUUCUUUAUGCAUCGAGCAGUCUUCUCUUCUACGACCCCGGAUGAGCCAGGUGGUGGAAUUAUUACAAGGUCAAGAAAGUAGCGUUAUGACUCCAAGAGAAGCCAAGAGAAAAAUGAAUCAACGAACAUAUUCUGAAGAAUCAUUAGAUACUGUAGAAUAUAACUCCACUAAGUACUUGAGAGAUCUUGAUCGCAUUCGGGAGAUUGCUCUAGCUUCUUGA